UCUCUAUUUGUGCUUUCCCUGGUUCUUAUCCUCUCACACAGUACGCGAGCACGAUGCGAGCAGCAGCAGCCCGACGAACUCCAGAGCUCGCAGCCGACGCAGGCCGCCGUCUGCGUGACGGGCCUCCGCCCGCACCUCCCACCGUAGCACGCCGCAAUGGAGGCCAAGCGCCCAUGGAAUCGCCUGAGCUCUCCUCCCAGCCGCCGUUCUCCUUCAAAUUCGUCGGGAUCCGGUUGGAUCUAGACGCUGGCGCCCCGUUCCCGAUCUUCCCGCCUUGCUUGGGUCGUCGGCCACCGCGACGAUGUCAAUAUCGCUCGCGGGAUCCAGCGCCACCGCUGCUGGCCACUUCCUCGCCGGAGAUGCCCCCACAUCCGCGGCUCCCCACACGAGCAGCAGCAGCGAACACGUCGCUAAGGCCGUCUCCGGCGGUGUCUUUUUCUUUUUAUAGAAGUUUGCCAAAUCUGUGCCAGAACAGCCAUGGCGAUGAACUCCAGCUCAAGGCCCGCGAGCGCUUGGUGGCGUUUGAUGCGGUGCCUGGAGAAUAUCUCUGGGCAGAGUAGUAGGCCAGAUCUAGUUUAGGAAAAAAAAUCUGUAAUUCCAAGUUUUUCUUGUGUAUUUCUUCUUUUUGGUAAAACAAAUUUUAGUUAGCUGGUA